AUGGGUCUGCUCCUGAAGAUUUUCAUCCCCUUGCUGGGACUGGCGCUGGCCUUUUAUUUUUAUUCAGCCCCUGAGAAUUUCAGCGAAGAGAUGCUCCGGGGCAAGCGGGUGAUCUGACUCGUGACAGGAGCCAGCAGCGGCAUCGGGGAGCAGAUGGCAUAUCACCUGGCACGCAUGGAGGCCCACCUACUGCUCACGGCACGGACGGAGGCCAAGCUGCAGAAAGUCGUGGAGCGGUGCCUCGAGCUGGGCGCCGCGUCCGCCCGCUACGUGAGCGGCUCCAUGGAGGACACCACGUUCCCCAAGGUGCUGGUGAAGGAGGCUGAGCACACCUGGGGAGGCCUUGAUAUGCUCAUCCUAAAUCACAUCGGUUCCUCCUACUACAACUACUUCGACGGGGACGUCGCGCACGUACGAAAGCUCAUGGAGACCAACUUCCUCAGCUACGUGGCAAUGACCGUGCUUGCCCUGCCCAUGCUGAAGGAGAGCGAGGGCAGCAUCGUUGUCGUUUCAUCCCUGGCAGGUAAAAUGAGCACCCCGUUUGCUGCUCCCUAUUCUGCAACCAAGUUCGCCUUAGAUGGAUUUUUCGGCUCCUUGCGACAGGAAUUCAUCAUAGAGAAGGUCAACGUCUCCAUCACGCUCUGCUUCCUGGGCUACAUCAACACAGAGAACGCCGUGCGAGCGGUCUCACACGUCAUCCGGGACACGCCGGCGCCGAAGGAGGAGUGUGCGCUGGAGAUCAUCAAGAGCGGGGCGCUGCGCCAGCGGGACCUGUACUACCCGCCCCGGGCGAUGGGCAGCCUGCUGCUGCUCCAGGCUGUAGCCCCUGACCUCGUUGACUCCCUCAUCAGGAGCAGCAUUAAGGUGGAAAACAUCAGAAGAACAUAG